GCCAUCAUCUUCGGUAUCUUCUUUCCCCCACUUUUCACCCCCCUCUGCCAGGGAAGUCAACCUCGAUCUCUCGAUCGACAGCGAGCGGCGUUGUGAUAGGAAGAAAUUUAAUACGAUGGAGGAAGGAAGAUGUUGCCGCACAACCACUUUCUCGCUGCCCUCUUCGACCUGGUCCGACGGCGUAUCGCGCACACUCUCCGCCUUCUUUCCUACUGCUUUCGCCUCCGCGCGAUCUCCGUUCCUCCUCCUAUUUGUGGUGCGGUUUGGUAAUUUUUGAGCCAUCUCUUGUUCGUUUCUUCCUUCUCGGUUUUGAGAUGUUACUCGGGAAACAGUGGUCCGUUAUAACAUGUCCAAGAAUUAUAUACGAUGCCCUUUUGGUGCGAGAUUAGCAAAAAAUAACUGACGUCUUGGGAAUUCGAAGAUUCUAUAAAGAAUUGCCAUUGAGAUGUCAGCUAAACUUCUCUUUUACGGGAUUAUAUUGUCUACUCUGUAUUUUAAGUACAUGCAGUAUGCAGAAGCACAGACAACAGAUCCAUCAGAAGUUAGUGCUUUGGGAGCUAUCAAGAGCAAUUUGAUUGAUCCUCUGGGACAUCUUGACAAUUGGAAUGAUGGAGAUCCAUGCAUAUCAAAUUGGACAGGGGUCAUAUGCCAUAAUUCUACAUUAGAUGAUGAAUAUCUACACGUCCUAGAACUGCAGCUUCUUAGAAUGAAUCUGUCUGGAACCUUAUCUCCUGAGCUUGGAGCUCUGUCACGUAUGGAAAUAUUGGAUUUUAUGUGGAACAACAUAAGUGGCAGUAUUCCUACGGAAGUUGGCAAUAUCACUUCAUUGAGACUUCUGCUCUUGAAUGGUAACAGAUUAUCUGGUUCAUUACCUGAAACGAUUGGUCACCUGCUGAAUCUAGAUAGGAUACAAAUAGAUCAGAAUUUUAUAUCAGGAGAAAUACCAAGAUCAUUUGCAAACUUGAAUAAAACAAAACAUUUCCAUAUGAACAACAACUCAAUAAGCGGACAAAUUCCUGCAGAAUUGGCAAUUUUACCAAACCUCGUACAUUUUUUGCUGGACAACAACAAUCUCACAGGACAUCUUCCUCCAGAGUUUUCUAGGCUCCCUAAUCUGCUUAUCCUUCAGCUGGAUAAUAAUAACUUCAACGGGACAUCAAUUCCAGCUUCUUACACCAACAUGUCUAAGCUCUUAAAGUUGAGUCUUAGGAAUUGUAGCUUGCAAGGACCUGUACCUGAUUUCAGCACAAUACCGAGACUUGGUUAUCUAGAUCUUAGCUGGAACAACCUCAAUGGAACUAUUCCAACUAAUAGACUUUCUGGCAAUAUAACCACCAUUGACCUGUCAUACAAUCAUCUUAGUGGAUCAAUUCCAUCAAGCUUCUCAGGUCUUCCUAAUCUUCAAAGACUGCUUCUUGAGAAUAAUUCUCUGAGUGGUUCUGUUCCAUCCACCAUUUGGCAGAAUAUAAAUCUUACUGGAAAUAGAAGUCUAAUUUUGGAUUUUCAGUUUAAUAAUCUCACGAACAUUUCAGAUACUCUUCGCCCUCCUGCAAAUGUAACAAUUUUGUUACAUGGAAAUCCUGUAUGCAAUGAAAAUCAACUCCAGAUAGGACGAUUCUGUCAGCUUCAAAGUAUACCGAUCAAUGAAAGUUCAAUUGUGGCACUGAGUUGUAAUUCAUGUCCUGAGGAUUAUGAAUAUAAUCCAUCAGCUCGUCAUCCAUGUUUUUGUGCUAUCCCACUUCAUGUUGAAUAUCGACUCAAGAGUCCAGGAUUCUCAAAUUUCCAACCAUACUAUGUUGAUUUUGAGGACUACUUAACUAAUGGUCUAGUCUUAUCCAUAUAUCAACUUCACAUUGACUCUGUUGUUCGGGAAGAAGGUCCAAGAUUCAGGAUGCAAUUGACGUUAUUUCCUGACAGUAUUUCUAUCUUUAACAUAAGUGAGGUUCUGCGAAUCAGAAGCAUGUUUACCGGGUGGCUUAUUCCAGAUUCUGAUCUUUUUGGACCAUAUGAACUACUUAACUUCAACAUGGGAUACUAUGGAUCUGCUAUACCAACGCCUUCAGCAUCUAGUUUAAGCACAGGUGCAGUGGUUGGCAUUGUAUUAGGGGCAGUUGCUGGUGCAUCUAUUCUCUCUGCCAUUAUUACAAUUCUCAUAAUGAGAAGGCACUCAAAAUAUCAGAGAACUGCCAAGAAACGGUCUUUGUCAAGGCUUCCAAUAAAGGUAACCGGAGUAAAAGGUUUUAGCUUUGAGGAAAUGGAACUAGCUACAAACAAAUUUGAUAUUUCAACUCAAGUUGGACAAGGUGGAUAUGGAAAAGUCUACAAAGGCAUUUUAGUUGAUGGAACUGUUGUAGCCAUAAAACGCGCACAACAAGAUUCUCUACAGGGUUCAAAAGAAUUCUUCACAGAGAUAGAGUUACUCUCAAGAUUGCAUCACAGAAACUUGGUAUCUUUGAUUGGUUAUUGUGACGAAGAAGAUGAACAGAUGCUAGUGUAUGAGUUCAUGCCCAAUGGUACUCUACGCGAUCACCUCUCUGCUAAAUCUAAAGAGCCUUUAAGCUUUCUUAUGAGGUUACGCAUUGCAUUGGGUGCCGCAAGGGGCAUACUGUAUCUGCAUACUGAAGCUGAUCCUCCUAUCUUUCAUCGAGAUAUAAAAGCCAGCAACAUCCUGUUGGACUCCAGGUUUACUGCAAAAGUUGCUGAUUUUGGAUUAUCACGGCUUGCACCAAUCCCAGAGACUGAAGGUACUGCACCUGGUCACGUGUCCACUGUGGUGAAGGGCACACCGGGUUAUCUUGACCCAGAAUAUUUUCUGACCCAUAAGUUGACCGAUAAAAGCGAUGUAUACAGUCUUGGAGUAGUGUUCUUAGAGAUAUUGACAGGGUUGCAACCAAUUUCUCAUGGCAAAAACAUAGUCCGAGAGGUGACAGUGGCACAUCAAUCUGGCAUGAUUUUUAAAAUGGUCGACCCUCGAAUGGGUUCGUGCCCAUCUGAUUGCAUUGAAAAGUUUGCAUCAUUGGCACUCAGAUGCGUCCUAGAUGAGACAGAUGCAAGGCCUUCCAUGGCUGAGGUGAUGAUGGAGCUCGAGGCAAUAUGGCGACUGACACCUGAAGCUGAUACGACAAUGCCAGAAUCAAUUGCUACAGAGUCCAUCGGGCAGUCGGUACCACCAUCAUCGUCCUUGGAUACUAGGAAUUCUUAUCUGUCAUCUGAUGUCUCAGGAAGCAACCUUAUCAGUGGUGCCAUCCCCACCAUUGCUCCUCGCUGAUAUGUAUCAUUGUGUUGUCUAUGUUCUAUGCCCUAUUUUGUGUAGAUUGUCAUUGUGCCUUUGGUCUGCAAGAGUGUUUGUUCGUAAAGAAACCACAGUUUCUUCUUCAAACUAAAUUCUCUGUAUAUUUUUGUGACUUGUGCUAGCUUGAAUUACCUGUAGAUUUCAUCUGUAUAUUUUUGUGGCUUGUGACUUG